CAGGGCGCCGGUGGAGGGCGGGGGGUACGAACGGGAACCUCGGCGGUGCCGGGGGGAUGCUCGGGGGAGCCCUCAGGUGUGCGCUGGCAGCUGGGCAAGGUGCACAGGGCUGCGGGGAGCGUGCAGGGGCUGAAUCCGCAGGGAGGAGGCUGCCAAACGUGGAACAGAUUCCUGGGGGGAAUUGUUUCGCUGGAUGGAGCCGCCGGCGGGACUGAGCUGAUCCAGCCAGCGCUUCCAAGGGGAUUUUUCCACCCAAAUUUUCCUCUUUAUUAUGAUCUCUUCCUCAAGGUUCUUUUUCUAGAUCCGUGUUUUUCCUGGGAAUGGAGGUGCCCUUCGUGCUGCUCCUAACCAGGCUCGUGGCAGAAGUUGCCGGAAAAUCCACAGAAAACUCGGUGCCAGACCCGGAAUGUUGUGUGGAAAUGUUGGAUUCCAACAGCUCCUGCCCUGUCACCCACCAGUGCAGCCCGGGGUGCUACAGGAGGUGGAGCGAGGAUGGGAGCAGCAGCUGUGUGAAGUGCAGGAACGAGACCGUGCCCAGCCCCUCGGGGCACAACCUCAGCGAGUGCCGGAGCCCUGGCAGCAGAGGGAUGAAUUCCCACAUGAACAUGAGCACGGUCGCUCCUUUCAUCCAGAACCUGGGGGGCCCAGAAGUCGCCGCUUCCCUGAUUUUGGGGACGUUUUUCCUCAGUUUGUUCCUGAUCCUUUCCGUGGCUUCUUUUUUCUACCUCAAACGAGCCAACAAACUCCCAAAGAUUUUCUACAGAAGGAACAAAGCAUCUGUCCUCCAGCCCAGUGAAACAGCGUCCAUGAUCCCUCCUCCAGCGUCUUCAGUGCGGAAGCCGCGCUACGUCCGCCGCGAGCGCUCCCUGGGCCCGUCCGGCGCCGGCGCCGCCGACAGCCGCGUCAGCAACGUCUGAGCCGAGCCCGCGCCUCCCGGCGCCUUUCCCCGCGCCGGGAAACCCCUGGAAGCCGCUGAUCCCGCGGGAACCCCGAGGGUUUGUGCCAAAUCUCACCCCGAGCGAGGAGCUGGCGCCGGCUCGGGGACGUCCGGGGACUUUGGAGCGUCCUGGUCCUGCUCCGGAGGAUGGGGGAGAAUUCCUGAGGAACUGGGGAGGAUUUUUCCUGUUUGGGGACAAUUCCUGAGGGAUUGGGGAGGAUUUUUCCUGUUUGGGGAGAAUUCCUGAGGGAUUUGGGAGGAUUUUUCCUGUUUGGGGACAAUUCCUGAGGGAUUGGGGAGGAUUUUUCCUGUUUGGGGACAAUUCCUGAAGGAUUUGGGAGGAUUUUUCCUGUUUGGGGACAAUUCCUGAGGGAUUUGGAGGACUUGUGAGGAGAAUCCUUAAGGAAUCUUGGUGCCUUUUCCUGUUUGGAGAGAAUCCUUUAGGAAUUUGGGAUUAAUUUCCUUGGGAUUGUGAGCCCAAAACUGGAGCUGACAGCGCUGCACGCCCCAGAAUCCUGGGAUUUGGGAUGCGGAUCCAUUCCGGGAUGGAGACUUGGCAAAGGGAUCCUCUCAAGUGCCACUGCUUUAACCUGGGACAGUGAUUAAUUAAGCUAAUUAAUCAUGCUAAUUAACUAUGAAUAAUUGAUUACAGCUAUAAUUAAGAUGCAGAAUCCUUUGGAUGCAAAUCCCUCGGAUCCUACUGGGAGCGUUUUCCCGCUCUCUCGGUGCUCGAUCCAGGCCCAAUCCCAAAUAUUUUGGGGAAUUUUUCCUUGGAUGAAGUGAAAUUCUCCAAGGAUUGUCCCUGCAGGCUCCAUCCCUUGUGGAAAGGAGAGAAUUCCUGGGUUUGGAGCAGUCAGGGAUUUUUGGGAUGAGCCGGAGGGAUCGGGACAACUCCUGCCGGUGGAAAAAUGGGAUUUGUUUUGGGGUAAAUCCCUGGAAUCUGCAGGGCAGCUCCGAGCUCCAGAGGCAUUCCCGAAUUCCAAGCACCAGCCUCAACAUCUCCCCUGGAUCUUCUUCCUGCCUGAGGGAUUUGGGGAAGUUAAAACAGCUGGAAAAGGACUUUUUGUUUUUCCUGGCUUGGGUCUCCCUCCUCCAGCUUUUCCGUCCAAGCCUGAGGGGCCCAAAUCCAUGGAAAAGUCACUGUCACCACCUGGAGUUCCAGCUCUUUUCCUCCUGGCUGGGCUGACUCUUGGAUCCAUCCCAAAUCCAUGGAAAAGUCACUGUCACCGCCUGGAAUUCCAGCUCUUUUCCUCCUGGCUGGGCUGGCUCUUGGAUCCAUCCGAAAUCCAUGGAAAAGUCACUGUCACUGCCUGGAAUUCCAGCUCUUUUCCUCCUGGCUGGGCUGGCUCUUGGAUCCAUCUUAAAUCCAUGGAAAAGUCACUGUCACCACCUGGAAUUCCAGCUCUUUUCCUCCUGGCUGGGUUGGCUCUUGGUUCCAUCUUAAAUCCAUGGAAAAGUCACUGUCACCACCUGGAAUUCCAGCUCUUUUCCUCCUGGCUGGGCUGGCUCUUGGUUCCAUCUUAAAUCCAUGGAAAAGUCACUGUCACCACCUGGAAUUCCAGCUCUUUUCCUCCUGGCUGGGUUGGCUCUUGGAUCCAUCCCAAAUCCAUGGAAAAGUCACUGUCACCACCUGGAAUUCCAACUCCGAGCGUUCCCAGCUCCGUGUGCUGCUCCCAAAAGAAAUCCUUUGGAUCCUCGGCGUUCCCUGGCGCGGAUGGGGGUGGGAACAGUUGGUUCUCCCUUUUCCCCCAAUUUUUGGGGUUUUUUUCUUUUGGGAAAAUGAGAACAAAACUCUUGGAUCUGCCUCUCUCAUGGAGAAUCCACGUUCCCUGUUCCUUAGGAUUCAAACCUUCCGAGAGGAGAAUUUGGGAUGGGAAGAAAUCAACUUCUCCCGUGGAAUAAUCCCAUUUUUCUGGGAAUUUGCUUUUAUCUCCUUAAAAAACACCGAGAUUUUUGUGGGAUUUUCAGGGAUAAAACCCCAAUCUUGGAGAGAUUCCUGUGCCAAAAAAAACCCCCAGGAAUUCCAGAUUUUUCCUCUUUAUUAGGAUAAAUAAAAUUAUUUUCCUCCUGGCCAAGGAAUUGCAGUUGAAACUCUUCCCAUUUUUUGAAGGACUUGGGAAGUUUCAACUUGGAAUUUUGAUAAUUUCCAUUUUUUGUCCUGCUGAGAUUUUUUUUUUAUUAUUUCCCCAAGUAGAAAUCCUGGCUGGAGGUUUUAUCCUGGAAUUCAGAAUUCCUGAGGAUUUUCCAAAUUCCAAAGGGGAAAUAAAAGGAGGAACUAUGCAAAAAAUUCCAAGGAAUUGCACCUCUGGAGCCGGGGAUUUCUCCGUGUUAAUUCCUGUCCUGCUUAAUUGCUAAAAUUUAAUUUAUUGACGGAUCAGCUCCUUUUUCUGUCUCUCCUCGUGUGGGAUUUGGUUUAAUUGUCGUCUAAAAAUUGGAUUUUGUGUGAUUAAAAAUCCUAUUUGUGUGACUAAAAACCGGAUUUGCGGAAUUAAAAAUGGAAAAAUCUAAUUCUGUGUGUAAUUAAAAUCGAGUUCUUCUCAGUGAUUUUUACCCAGGAAACGUUGAAAUCCCAAGGUUUUUACCCAAAAAACGUGGAAAUCCCAAGGUUUUUACCCAGAAAACAUUGAAAUCCCAAGAUUUUUAUCCAAAAAACGUUGAAAUCCCAAGGUUUUUACUAGUUUUUUUGGUGUGGUUCAGCUUUGUCAUCGCUGUGAACUCCUGGUCGAGUUUGUGGGGUUUGUUUUGGGGUUGAGUUUUGUGGAUUUAGUUUUGGGGUUAAAGUUUGGGUUUGUGGGUUUAAUUUGGGAUUUUGUGGGUUUACUUUGGGUUUUGGGGUUGAGUUUUCUGGGUUUGGUUUUGUGGGUUCAGGUUUUGUGGGUUUGGGGCUGGGUUUGGUGGGUUUGGUUUUGGAUUUGGGAUCAAAGUUUGGGUUUAAUUUGGGGGUUUGUGGUUGAGUUUUGUGGGCUCAGCUUUGGUUUUAUGGGUUUAGUUUUGGGGUUGAGCUUUGCUUUUGUGGGGUUGAGUUUCCUGGGUUUAGUUUGAGUUUUGGGGUUGAGUUUUCUGGGUUUGGUUUGAGUUUUGCGGUUGAGUUUUCUGGGUUUGGUUUGAGUUUUGCGGUUGAGUUUUCUGGGUUUGGUUUGAGUUUUGGGGUUGAGUUUCUGGGUUUGGUUCAUGUUUUGGGGUUGAGUUUUCUGGGUUUGGUUUGAGUUUUGGGGUUGAGUUUUCUGGGUUUGGUUUGAGUUUUGGGGUUGAGUUUUCUGGGUUUCUCCUUCCUCUGUGCUGUCAAAUUCCCUUUCCGUGUUCUCGUUUGGGUUGAAAACCCUAAAUCUGCUCUUUGAAACUCGCUUUUAAUCGCCCCAGUAGCUCCUGGGUUUGUGGCUUUGUAAA